AUGUGGUCUGGAUAUACGAUAUCAAUUCUUUUUUACCUUACCAUGGAAAUUUGUAUGGGAAAACUGUAUUUAUCUGAAAGAACACCAAAACAACGAGCAGAUUUCACUAGGAAUGACACCAUUUUGGAAGGAACACGAUUCAAAAGAUCCAUUUUCAGAGGUCAAUACUGUCGAAGUUUUGGUUGUUGUGAAGACAGAGAUGAUGAUUGUGUCACUCAGUUCUAUGAGAUGAAUGCAGUGUGUUACUGUGAUAAAUUCUGUGAGAGGGAAAAUUCUGAUUGCUGUCCAGAUUACAAGUCAUUUUGUCAUGAAGAGAAAGAAUUGCCUUAUACGAAGCCUUGGUAUCCAGAAGGUUGCCUUAGAAAUGGACAACAUUAUGAAGAAGGGUUAACCAUUAAAGAAAACUGCAAUUCCUGCACAUGCUUAGGACAACAGUGGAUAUGUUCCCAGAAUAUAUGCCUUGUUCAGCCAGAAUUAAUAGAACAUGUCAAUACAGGAGAUUAUGGAUGGACAGCUCAGAACUAUAGCCAAUUUUGGGGAAUGACCUUAGAAGAAGGUUUCAAAAAUCGUCUUGGUACCUUGCCACCUAGCCCCAUGCUUCUGAGUAUGAAUGAAAUGAUGGCUUCUCUACCUGACACUACUGUUCUUCCAGAGUUUUUUGUUGCUUCAUAUAAGUGGCCUGGAUGGACGCAUGGGCCACUGGAUCAAAAAAAUUGUGCUGCCUCAUGGGCAUUUUCUACUGCAAGUGUGGCAGCUGACCGAAUAGCAAUUCAGUCUCAGGGUCGAUAUACAGCCAACUUAUCUCCUCAGAAUUUGAUCUCUUGUGCCAAGAACCAUCGUGGAUGUAACAGUGGAAGCAUUGAUAAAGCUUGGUGGUACCUGAGAAAACGUGGAUUGGUAUCUCAUGCCUGCUAUCCACUUUUCAAGAACCAAAGUGAUGCUAAUAAUGUAUGUGCCAUGGAAAGCAGAUCUGAUGGGCGUGGAAAAAGGCAUGCCACAAAGCCAUGUCCCAAUAACUAUGAAAAAUCAAACCGAAUCUAUCAAUGUUCUCCUCCCUACAGAGUCUCUUCCAAUGAAACUGAGAUAAUGAAAGAAAUACUGCAAAAUGGACCUGUUCAAGCCAUAAUGCAAGUCUACAAGGAUUUCUUCUAUUAUAAAACAGGAAUAUAUAGACAUGUUCCCACAAUAAAUAAAGGAUUAGAAAAAUAUAGAAAGCUUCAGACACAUGCAGUCAAACUGAUUGGAUGGGGUAUACUGAGAGGAGCUCAAGGGCAGAAAGAAAAAUUUUGGAUUGCUGCUAAUUCCUGGGGAAAAUCAUGGGGAGAGAAUGGUUAUUUCAGGAUUCUUCGAGGAGUAAAUGAAUCUGAUAUUGAAAAAUUGAUUAUUGCAGCUUGGGGACAACUGGCAAGUUCAGAUGAACCAUAA